AUGGCAACCAGGCGCGACAGCCCCAUUCGCCCUUCCGUUCGCUUCUCUCCCACUGACUCUCAUUACCAUCCUCGCGCAAUAUCACGAUCGCCUGAUCGAUCCGCAGCUCCGAAAUACCAUACCAUCGAUCCGCUUCUGAGUAAUCUUUCUCCUGAGUCUACCCUCCUGGCGCUAACCUCCACCGAUGCGGUCCCGAAGAACGAGAAAGCAGCUCAUGAGAUUCUCUGGAAGAGUAUCUCUGAAGUGUCUCCGUCCGAGCGCGCCCUGGGCAUCCGUGCAGCCAUAGCAGCUCAAAAACUCGGCGAAUGGUACAAGGAAGUGCAAGCAUGGGAUUGGCCGAAGCGGACAGAUGCCCACUUAGGCAAAGGAUUCAUACCCCCGUCUUCGCCCACCAAUACCGCCGAGGAACAAGAUUACUAUGGCAGUCUCCCAUCAGCUAUCAUCAUACAACAUGAAGCUCGGAUCGAGGAGAUCCGGGAUGGGAUGGAGAGUUUGGAUGUGGAUGAACUCAAAGAGCAUGUUCUCAGUGCCCACAUCCCAGCCCGGUCUCGACCUUCGUCGUCCAACAGCACCAUGUCCGUACCGCCCCCACUCAGCUACGUCCAAUUGAGCGACUUUACCGCCGUGAUCACGGCCACGAUCCUUCGCGCUCUCCCCCUUCUAUCCCGCCUGAACAGUCUCUUGUCCACCUGGGAUGUUCGGUUAUUGGUGCUUCGACAAAUCCCUGGGCUACUCCGUGCUUUACAUCGUGCCCGAUCCGAGCUAGAUUCUGCCCAGGAUAUGUUGAGGUCAUCUAUCCCCCCCACUGAACACGAUGCUCUGUACUCCAGAGAAAAUUACCACGCAAAACGAGCUGGCCUUGAAGCGAUGGUACUCUCCGCAGGCAGACGGAUGGAUGAUAUACUGGAUGCGCUGGAUGGCCGCGAAGAUUCACUUCCCGAAGCUUGGAUUGACGACUUGGAGACCAUUGAGUCCGACUUUAGCACAUGGGUCAUGGAAGCCGAGAAACGUACGGUUGAGAAUGAAUGGCUUCGUCUGAAGGCAAUGAAAAGGAAAGCGGAUGAAUCCCGGCGCGAGCAGAUCCCACAGAUUCGGUUGUCAAAUAUCCCUGAAGAGGAAGACGCUGGAUCACCCGCUCCUGCACCGUCCGAGCAGCCAGCGUCACAGUCCGGAUCCCCUCCUCCCCUGGAUAUAAUAGAGGAAGGGAUCAAUGAUGACCUUCUAGACUCUCCAUCCGACACUAUUGUGCACGGUCAGACUUCUCCACUCGCAAUCAACACUAAGGAUGUCGCAAGAACCCUCCCUGCGGAUGCCCCAAGUGGACCUGUGGAUGGGUCCUCGGCUGUCCCUGAGGUGCAGGAGAAACCAUGUGACCCGCAAACAUCUGAAUCUGAAGCAGAACUGAGUAGCACAAGCCUAGAAGAAAACGAUCUCCAUUCGGAGUGCAAACAAUCAUUACCAGGCAACACCCCUUCUGUCCUUCCAGAAAACAGUUCUCAUCAGACAUCAAAGGCGACAACUCCAUUGGUAUCCAAUGCAAGCAUUUUGGAAAUGCAUUCGGAACCUGCCUGUGACACUGAUCAGCAAGCAACAGAUCCCGCUUCGUCUGAGAGCACGACUGAAGAAGACGUAGACGAGUCACCAUGCGUGCCAUCCAUCCUUACGCCCCCUUCUCCCGCGCUCGAUCACCAAUUCCCAUCCAACCCAUCUGAGCUGGAUCUCCCUGCAGCACAGCUCGCUUCUAAUGUCACAGACAACACAUCAAAUGGAGAUAAACCCGCACCUGUAAGUCUCGAGACAGACUUCCCUGGCUGCCGAGAUCUCGGAGCGGAUACGACACCUACAGCUAGAAUCUUUGGUACCGACGUGUCGACUCCGAUUGAAGAUGAAGCCGCAACUCUUGCUAGCGUGAUAGCUGAGGCUGCGACGACCGAGGUACCUGCUUCUUGGAUGUCAUCGAAGAGAGAAGGAUCGCCUUCGGUUCGCUCCAUGACCCCUUCGCCAGAACUUGCAGAUCCAUCUCCCUCUCCCCAGAAGGACGCAUCUAUCAUUCCUACGUCUGAGCAGCUCAAGGAACCCGACACAAGCAUUCCUCGCAAGACCCGCUUGGAGAGUCCCAUCAAACUCUCCAAAACAAGGCCACAAAAUUUGGACUUUGACAAGGGAAAUCCAAACUUACGGACCAGACGAACGUCAACGGCAUCAGUGGGUUCCCUCUCCGAUUAUCCUUCGCUUGUAUCGAGUCCCGAGAUUCGUGAGCCUCGCACCGCAUCGUCGAAUGCGACGCCACUUGCUCUCGAGACUCCGCCUUGGUUCCAGGGCACUCCCCAGCCGUCUGGCAAUGCUUCCCCCGGGCUUGACUAUACUUUACGCGAGGAACGGCUAAAACACUUGAAUGGCCAGAAAGGUUCCAGUGCCACUUCUGCACACAAUCGGACACUUAGCCUUCCCUUGCAGCGUUUCAUCAAUGAGAGAUUUGAAUUACAAUACGAAAGCUCAGGUGGAGCCGAUCUGAACACUCCAGUCAGUGGGAGACGGGCUUCUGAUGCAUCUGUCGAUUUGCGCACCCAGACUGGACAACAAGUACCAAAAUCGCAAUUGCGAAACUCGUCUACACCGACGAACGAUUUGAAGAGCCUGGCGAGUCAGCACCUGGAACUUUCCCAUGAAAAGAAAUCCACUUUGGAAUCUGACGAUGCGACCCCUCGGCUAUCCAAAGCUUGGGAGCAUACCAAAGCCACUACCCUGAAGAGUUCACCACAGCCAAAACUCACUCUGGGACGCAGUAUCACUUCGAAAACCGCUGAUCCUCCGAAGCGGCUGAUCGCGCAUCCUAACCUGGACAGUCUUGGAGCACACAAGCCCAAAUCCCAGCUCAAGGAAGAUUCUAUGGCCUCCAAAGAAGAAGGAUCGAGAUCCUCCACCCCAAGUAAACAGAUGCGGAGACCCAAGAAAGAUCAUUUGGAUGAGAAGAUCAGUUCAAUACUGACCAGUAUCCCGGCUCGUAUCCAGCUGGUUUCAUCCGAUGAUCAUGAGGUCGAUGAUUCUGCUGUGGCACCUUCUCUACCUCUGAAACAGAGAGAACGGUUCCGGUCAAUGACACCACAAGGAGCAUCAUCGCGCAGCAGCACGCCUCCCCCGUCCCUAACGCUAAGACCCGCUCCCUCACGCAGAAGAAAUUCUCAAGCACCAGAGGAGGGUUCGGUGAAGCUGUAUCAUUUACACCGAGGUGGCAAAGCGGCACCAACCAAGCUCUUCAUCCGCACUGUGGGAGAAAAUGCUGAUCGUGUAAUGGUACGGGUUGGAGGCGGGUGGGCAGAUUUGGCCGAAUAUCUGAGGGAAUAUGCCAUCCAUCAUGGCUGUCGAACCGUGUCAGAAACGCCACGCGUUGAGAUCCAGGGCAUCUCUUCUCGCCAUUCUCCCGCGGGGUCAUCGCCAGGUGACAUACUCACCCCGACGGGCAACUCUGGGCGUAGAACCCCGUCCCGUCCCGCAUCUGUCCUCAGUAACCGUCCUUCAUCCUCUCUUGCUGUCCGCAAAAUACGACGGACGUCCAACGUCUCGGAUGCGCCGGACUUUCGGUCCUCUAGCGCUGGCCAUGCAUUCAUCACGUCGUAUUCUCCAUUGUCUGUUGUCUCCUCCCGUCGACGACUCUCCGUCUGUUCCAGUGCUUCUUUUGGUGGAGCGUCGCUUGCAAGCGACAUGCAUCAUGGAUCAUUUACGAACUCGCCCUCGGUGCCGCUAGGCCUGGCGGGUCCAACCCCUCGCUCACGACGCGUCUCAAUCAGCCCAGAGAGCGAAGCCUGGGUGGAAGAUGUCUUGGGACAAGCCCGAAGGAGCUCCUCCUUGAGACCGAUUAAAUAUGUUCUACCGCCCCACGAGCUGGAGCAGGACGGCACAGCAGUUCCAAGCGUCCCGACUCUAUCAAAAUCCCGUAGUAUAAACGACCUAGGCAAAGUCGGAUCCAGCCGACGAGUUGCGUUACGCGGACUCGGUCCGAAAUCCUAA